CCGGGAAACCCGGAGGGCUGGUUCAGCGCGUCUGCGCUUGGAAUGCGCGGGUCCUGGCUGGGGCCGUCGGAGCCGGGAGCUGGGGACCUUCCUGGCCCGGCGGUGGCGGGGCUGAGAGGUGCCUGGUGCCUGGGGGCGGGUCCUCCGGGACGCCGAAGCCAUCAGCCAGGCUGAGAGCCUUACCGGCCGCCGCGGCGCUCACGGAGCGGUGGGCUCAUCUCUGAGUCCCGCAAUCAGCCCGGGCUGCGCGCGUCGUUGGUGGUCCCGGUCGGGCCAAGGACUCCUGGCCCAGGAGCCAAGGCGAGGUGGGGCUUCCGGGGGUUGUUCCCGGGCCUUGGCAGAGGGAUGCCGCCGUAGCUUCCUGGGUGAGAGCGAGCGCGCGCGCGGGUUAGCCAGUUUCCCCACAUUUCCAAUUUCUCCUGUUGUGCUUUCUUCAAAAGGUUUUUUCUUUUUCUUUUUUCUUUUUUCCUUCAACUUGGCUUCCUGCGGGAUUGUUUUGGAGCAGGAUGAGGGCUUUGCCUCCUCCAGUGUCCCUGGGUGGCAGCGGUGCCUCUACUCCCGGGGCAGACCCUGCACCCGAAAAAUCUCUACUGUAUUCGGGGAGCCAUGAAAAGGCUCCCUUGGGCCGGUGAAAUCCUUGGCUUUGUCUCUGGCUGCUGCGCACACCGUCAGCCGUCAAGGCAAUCGGCAUUCGGCUUCUUUGGUGCUGGUGACACAGGUGGAGGGAUGGAGGCGGGCAUAUCCCGGGAUUGCUGACCGUGGUCCUCUUGGAGUCCUUGGUGAUUUUGCCUGGGGUGGGGAGAAACCCUGGCUCCUGGUCUGCUCGGGCCGCCUCUGCCUCAGAGGAUGACACAAGAGUGCAUGGCCCAACAUCUGUACCACGCGAGGUGUGAGCUCCUGCCAGCAGUGCCUGGCUGUGAGCCCCAUGUGUGCCUGGUGCUCUGAUGAGGCCCUGCCUCUGGGCUCACCUCGCUGUGACCUGAAGGAGAAUCUGCUGAAGGAUAACUGUGCCCCGGAAUCCAUCGAGUUCCCAGUCAGUGAGGCCCGAGUACUAGAGGACAGGCCCCUCAGCGACAAAGGCUCUGGAGACAGCUCCCAGGUCACUCAAGUCAGUCCCCAGAGGAUUGCACUCCGGCUCCGGCCAGAUGAUUCGAAGAAUUUCUCCAUCCAAGUGCGGCAGGUGGAGGAUUACCCUGUGGACAUCUACUACUUGAUGGACCUGUCUUACUCCAUGAAGGACGAUCUGUGGAGCAUCCAGAACCUGGGUACCAAGCUGGCCACCCAGAUGCGAAAGCUCACCAGUAACCUGCGGAUUGGCUUCGGGGCAUUUGUGGACAAGCCUGUGUCACCAUACAUGUAUAUCUCCCCACCAGAGGCCCUUGAAAACCCCUGCUAUGAUAUGAAGACCACGUGCUUGCCCAUGUUUGGCUACAAACACGUGCUGUCGCUAACUGACCAGGUGACCCGCUUCAAUGAGGAAGUGAAGAAGCAGAGUGUGUCACGGAACCGAGAUGCCCCAGAGGGUGGCUUUGAUGCCAUCAUGCAGGCUACAGUCUGUGAUGAAAAGAUUGGCUGGAGGAAUGAUGCAUCGCACUUGCUGGUGUUUACCACUGAUGCCAAGACUCAUAUAGCACUGGACGGAAGGCUGGCAGGCAUUGUCCAGCCCAAUGAUGGGCAGUGUCAUGUUGGUAGUGACAAUCAUUACUCUGCCUCCACUACCAUGGAUUAUCCCUCUUUGGGGCUGAUGACUGAGAAGCUCUCCCAGAAAAACAUCAAUUUGAUCUUUGCAGUGACUGAAAAUGUAGUCAAUCUCUAUCAGAACUAUAGUGAGCUCAUCCCAGGGACCACAGUCGGGGUUCUGUCCAUGGAUUCCAGCAAUGUCCUCCAGCUCAUUGUUGAUGCUUAUGGGAAAAUCCGCUCUAAAGUCGAGCUGGAAGUGCGUGACCUCCCUGAAGAAUUGUCUCUAUCCUUCAACGCCACCUGCCUCAACAAUGAGGUCAUCCCUGGCCUCAAGUCUUGUAUGGGACUCAAGAUUGGAGACACGGUGAGCUUCAGCAUUGAGGCCAAGGUGCGAGGCUGCCCCCAGGAGAAGGAGAAGUCCUUUACCAUCAAGCCCGUGGGCUUCAAGGACAGCCUGAUCGUCCAGGUCACCUUUGAUUGCGACUGUGCCUGCCAGGCCCAAGCUGAACCUAAUAGCCGUCACUGUAACAAUGGCAAUGGGACCUUUGAGUGUGGGGUGUGCCGUUGUGGGCCUGGCUGGCUGGGAUCCCAGUGUGAGUGCUCAGAGGAGGACUAUCGCCCUUCCCAGCAGGAUGAGUGCAGCCCCCGGGAGGGUCAGCCCGUCUGCAGCCAGCGGGGCGAGUGUCUCUGUGGUCAAUGUGUCUGCCACAGCAGUGACUUUGGCAAGAUCACGGGCAAGUACUGCGAGUGUGAUGACUUCUCCUGUGUCCGCUACAAGGGGGAGAUGUGCUCAGGCCAUGGCCAGUGCAGCUGUGGGGACUGCCUGUGUGACUCCGACUGGACCGGCUACUACUGCAACUGUACCACACGUACUGAUACCUGCAUGUCCAGCAAUGGGCUUCUGUGCAGCGGCCGCGGCAAGUGUGAAUGUGGCAGCUGUGUCUGUAUCCAGCCAGGCUCCUAUGGGGACACCUGUGAGAAGUGCCCUACCUGCCCAGAUGCCUGCACCUUUAAGAAAGAAUGCGUGGAGUGUAAGAAGUUUGACCGGGGAGCCCUACAUGAUGAAAAUACCUGCAACCGUUACUGCCGCGAUGAGAUUGAGUCAGUGAAAGAGCUUAAGGACACUGGCAAGGAUGCAGUGAAUUGUACCUAUAAGAAUGAGGAUGAUUGUGUCGUCAGAUUCCAGUACUAUGAAGACUCUAGUGGAAAGUCCAUCCUGUAUGUGGUAGAAGAGCCAGAGUGUCCCAAGGGCCCUGACAUCCUGGUGGUCCUGCUGUCAGUGAUGGGGGCCAUUCUGCUCAUUGGCCUUGCCACUCUGCUCAUCUGGAAGCUCCUCAUCACCAUCCACGACCGAAAAGAGUUUGCUAAAUUUGAGGAAGAACGCGCCAGAGCAAAAUGGGACACAGCCAACAACCCACUGUAUAAAGAGGCCACGUCAACCUUCACCAAUAUCACCUACCGGGGCACUUAAUGAUAAGCAGUCAUCCUCAGAUCAUUAUCAGCCUGUGCCACGAUUGCAGUAGUCUCUGCCAUCAUGUUUACAGAGGACAGUAUUUGUGGGGAGGGAUUUGGGGCUCAGAGUGGGGUGGGUUGGGAGAAUGUCAGUAUGUGGAAGUGUGGGUCUGUGUGUGUGUGUGUGUGUGUCUGUGUGUUUGUGUGUGUUGUGUGUGGGAGUGUGUAAUUUAAAAUUGUGAUGUGUCCUGAUAAGCCGAGCUCCUUAGCCUUUGUCCCCAGAAUGCCUCCUGCAGGGGAUUCUUCCUGCUUAGCUUGAGGGUGACUAUGGAGCUGAGCAGGUGUUCUUCAUUACCUCAGUGAGAAGCCAGCUUUCCUCAUCAGGCCAUUGUCCCUGAAGAGAAGGGCAGGGCUGAGACCUCUCAUUUCAGAGGAAGGGACGCCAAACCUUGGCUCUACCCUGAGUUCAUAAGUUUAUGGUUCUUGGGCCUGACUCUCAGCAGCUAUAGUAGGAACUGCUGUGCUUGGCAGCCCAGGUCAUCUGUACUUCUGCCUCCUUUCCCCUCCCUCAGGCCGAAGGAGGAGUUAGGGAGAGCUGAACUAUCAGAGCUGCCUGUGCCUUUUGCCAUCCCCUCAACCCAGCUAUGGUUCUCUCGCAAGGGAAGUCCUUGCAACCUAAUUCUUUGACCUGUUGGGAGUGAGGAUGUCUGGGCCACUCAGGGUCAUUCACGGCCUGGGGGAUGUACCAGCAUCUCCCAGUUCAUAAUCACAACCCUUCAGAUUUGCCUUAUUGUCAGCUCUACUCUGGAGGUUUGUUUAGAAGAAGUGUGUCACCCUUAGGCCAGCACCAUCUCUUUACCUCCUAAUUCCACACCCUCACUGCUGUAGACAUUUGCUAUGAGCUGGGGAUGUCUCUCAUGACCAAAUGCUUUUCCUCAAAGGGAGAGAGUGCUAUUGUAGAGCCAGAGGUCUGGCCCUACACUUCCGGCCUUCUGUCCCUCGUUCAUAGCACCUCCACAUACCCAGCCCUGUGCCUUCGUGUGCUGUAUCCACCCAUGGGGCUGAUUGUAUUUACCUACUACCUCUUGGCUGCCUUGUGAAGGAAUUAUUCCCAUGAGUUGGCUGGGAAUAAGUGCCAGGAUGGAAUGAUGGGUCAGUUGUACCAGCAUGUGUGGCCUGUUCUUCUAUGGGUUGGACAACCUCAUUUUAACUCAGUCUUUAAUCUGAGAGGCCACAGUGCAAUUUUAUUUUAUUUUUCUCAUGAUGAGGUUUUCUUAACCUAAAGGAAUAUGUAUAUAAACAUGCUUGCAUUAUGUUUGUAAAUUUAUAUGAUGGCAAAGAAGGAGAGCAUAGGAAGCCACAAAGACUUGGGCAGGGUACAGACACUCCCACUUGGCAUCAUCCACAGCAAGUCACUGGCCAGUGGCUGGAUCUGUGAGGGGCUCUCUCAUGAUAGCAGGCUAUAGGGAUAGAUGUAUGGACACAUUGGACCCUUCCUGAGGAGGAGGGACUGUUCUUUUGUCUCAGAAAAGCAGUGGCUCCAUUGGUGUUGACAUACAUCCAACAUUAAAAGCCACCCCCAAAUGCCCAAGAGAAAAAGAAAGCCUUAUCAACAGUUGUUCCAUGAGCAGAAAACAGGAGUUCUGAUCUCAGUGUUGCAGCUAAAUAAUCUUUAACUCUAAUUAAGGCAAGUCACUUUCUUCUUCAUAAGGCUGUUUUCUAGUUUGAGAAAUGGGUUUUGAGCAGCCAGUCUUGAAGGUCUCUUUCAGUAUCAACAUUCUAAGAUGCUGGGACUUACUGUGGCAUCAAAUGUGUGAUCAAGAUUCUAUGGGAUAUUGAUACUGUGUGUGUUUUUAAUUGGGAGAUCUGAGAGACCUGGCUUUGGCAAGAGCAGAUGUCAUUCCAUAUCACCUUUCUCAAUGAAAGUCUCAUUCUAUCCUCUCUCCAAACCCCUUUUCCAACAUUUGUUGAUAGUUACAUCUCUCCUGAUGUAGCACUUAAGCUUCAUUUAGCUAUUAUUUCUUUCUUCACUUUGCACACAUUUGCAGCCACAUAUUAGGGAAGAGGAAUCCAUAAGUAGCUGAAAUAUCUAUUCUGUAUUCUUGUGUUAACAUUGAGAAUAAGCCUUGGAAUUGGAUAUGGGGCAAUGACUGAGCCUUGUCUCACCCAUGGAUUACUCCUUACUGUAGGGAAUGGGAAUGUGGUAGAGGCAUAAAUAGGGUACGGGGAGGGAUAGUCAUGGAUCCAAGAAGUCUAGAACUUAGUUAUCACCUUCAGCUACUAAGACAGAGUCCAUGAGAAUGUUAAUGGGACAUUUUCUUUAGAUAACAUGUUUUAUAUGAAUAAACUGUAUCAAAGCGGGGAAGAAAAUGUAUUUAAAGGGUGAAUCAAAUCAGGAAUCUUGCCUGAGCCACUGGAAUGAAGUUCACAGGUCUUGAAGACCAGUACUAUUUGUCAAUAUGUGGGGAUAACCUGUAGCUGCAUUCAUGAGGUAGCAAAUAGCAGUUUUGGCCUGUGGGGUGAACAGUUAAACAGUGUUCUGGCAUCAGAUAAUAUAGCACAAAGGGAUUGUGUCUAGCUCUUUUGGAGAAAAUUUAUGUCUAGUCCCAGGAUCUGUGGACAACAAUGGGAAACUGAAUAUUCCUGACAAGUUGCCAUAUUAGGAGUCAGUUCUUUACUUCUCUGAUAUUCCUAGGUCAUCCAUGAAUUUUUUUUUUUUUUUCUAAAUUUGAGACGAAGCCUUGCUCUUGUUGCCUAGGCUGGAAUGCAAUGGUACGAUCUCAACUCACUGCAACCUCUGCCUCUCGGGUUCAAGCGAUUCUCCUGCCUCAGCCUCCCCAGUAGCUGGGAUUACAGGCACCUGCCACCAUGACUGGCUAAUUUUUGUAGUUUUAGUAGAGACGGGGUUUCCCCAUGUUGGCCAGUCUGGUCUCGAACUCCUGACCUCAGGCGAUCUGCCCUCCUCCGCCUCCCAAAGUGCUGGGCUUACAGGCAUGCGCCACCGUGCCCAGCUGGUCAUCCAUGAUUUUAAUGUGUGGGUCCAAAGGCCUCUUUUUCUUUGUUAAGUAUUCCUGGUUGAAAUUUCUUAAGUGCCUUCCUGACUUCCUAACCUUACCUUCUCUGUUUGGGUUUGUACAACAGUGAAUUAAAUGUACUUUC